CUUGUUGACCGCAUUCAUACUUCUUCUACUCUGUUCAUCGACUGUUGUUUUUCUUUAUUCCUGUUCUCUCCCACCUUUUGAUCUGCACUUCUCUCUCCCCAAACCCUUUGCUUACAUUAACACUUCACCAAGUGCUAGUCUUACUUCUCUCACACAACCACUUUUUAACUCGCGAGAUAAAGCUUCCAUCUCAUUGUUUUCCUCUUUGUGUCGCCUCCUCAGUGUUCAAUCUGCUUAUAAUCCUUCUAUCUACAUCUACUGCUUGUGAUAGCCUUGCUAAGUCAAAGAUCUCUUGCUUAUUAAAAGCAGGCUAUCUCAGAAUGGCAGUGCCUCCUCCCUCUGAAGGGGUCAGGGAGAUAGAAGACUCGCAUCUUCAUGAGUCUGAGGCCUCGUCCUCUACUCACGCGGACCAGGGCAUUGACCCGUUUGAAAAGCCAGAGCCCUCGACUGCCGACAUUGAAAAUGUCGAGACUGUGGAAGCUGUCGAAGAAAAGCCUGUGCCUUCGAGGGCGGACAAGGUCAUCAAGGAGGCGGACUGUUACGAUGAGCUGGGGUACUCCUGGCCGUCGUGGAAAAAGUGGACAAUCAUCAGCGUGAUCUUCCUUGUCCAGACUUCCAUGAACUUCAACACCAGUCUGUAUUCCAAUGCUCUGACUGGCAUCUCCGAAGAGUAUGGAGUUAGUAUGCAGGCUGCUCGUUGCGGUGCCAUGAUCUUCCUCGUCACUUAUGCCUUUGGCUGCGAACUCUGGGCUCCCUGGAGCGAGGAACUCGGACGCAAGCCGAUUCUCCAGGCAAGUCUGUUUCUCGUCAAUGCUUUCCAACUUCCUGUGGCUCUUGCUCCCAACUUUGCCUCCAUCAUGGUGGGUCGCGCCCUGGGUGGUCUGAGUUCUGCCGGUGGCUCCGUCACGCUGGGAAUGAUUGCCGAUCUAUGGGAGGCAGAUGAUCAGCAGUACGCCGUGGCCUGUGUCGUCUUUUCUUCUGUUGCAGGCUCCGUCAUUGGACCUGUUGUCGGUGGAUUCGUCGAAGAAUACCUGCCUUGGCGCUGGAACAUCUGGAUUCAGUUGAUCUUUGGAGGAGCUGUUCAGCUCGCUCACCUAAUCUGUGUUCCGGAGACUCGCACGACGAUCUUGAUGGACAGAAUUGCCAAGAGAAGAAGAAAGAAUGGAGAGGAUAUAUGGGGCCCUAACGAGGUGCUUGAGUUCCGGGAGCGGUUUGCAAUGCGGGAAAUUCUCUCCACCUGGAUCCGCCCCUUCAAGAUGUUCUUGACUGAGCCCAUCGUCCUGUCUCUGUCUUUGUUGAGUGGCUUCAGCGACGCUCUGAUCUUUAUGUUCAUCCAGUCGUUCGGUCUUGUUUACAAGCAGUGGGGCUUUGGCACGGUUGAACUCGGCUUGUCGUUUUUACCCAUCCUAGUUGGGUACUUCAUAGCAUGGAUAUCUUUUAUCCCAGUCAUUAAACGAAACGUCAAAGAGCGACGCGCUAAGCCUCAUGACGAACGGGCUCAAUACGAGUCUCGCCUAUGGUGGCUUCUUUACACUGCUCCUUGCCUGCCCAUCGGGUUGAUUGGUUUCGCUUGGACCAGCCAGGGUCCUCCCGUCCACUGGAUUGGUACCAUGGUUUUCUCAGCCAUUGUCGGCAUUGCCAACUACAGCAUUUACAUGGCGACGAUUGACUACAUGGUCUGUGCCUAUGGUCCUUACUCUGCUUCGGCAACCGGUGGAAAUGGCUGGUCUCGAGACUUCUUGGCUGGUGUUCUUACCAUUCCUGCCACACCUUUCUUCGAGAACAUUGGCGGCAAGCGUCAUCUUGAGUACGCAUCUACGAUUUUGUGUAAGUCUUUAAUCUGUUUGUACAGCAUGCCAGGGACAGAGACUGAUCUUGACUUUCUUUAGUCUGCAUCUCAUUCGUCCUCGUCAUUGCGGUCUAUGUCAUCUACUGGUGCGGUCCUUACCUCCGCCAGCGCUCUACAUUCGCCCAACAGCUGUCGGUUGCUCGCCACGAUAUCGAAGUCGAACUCAAUGUCAGACAGUUGUCUAGAAUUCCCACUGGCU